AUGAAGCAAACCGUCGACAAGGACGGCAAGCCCUGUCGGGUAUGCGACUCGUUCAAGUCCUGGCGGCAGCACGAGGCCAAGGGCCAUAGCAAGGCAAAGAAAGCAGCGGCAGCGACAACAGCAGCAGCAGCAGCAGUGGCGGCGACAGGAUCGUCGGCGUCGUCGAUCAUGACGCUGGCGGAUGACGAGUGCCCGCCAGACACACAGGUGCUUGGGCGGGCGACGUGGACGUUUCUGCACACAAUGGCGGCGUACUACCCCGAAAAGGCAGACAGCAGGCAGCAGGGGAUCAUGCAGUCGCUGCUGACCAGCUUCUCGUACUUCUACCCGUGUGGGAGGUGCGCGACGCACCUGCGCUCCGAGAUGGAAAAGCACCCGCCCGCCGUGGACACGCGCGCGGGGCUCUCGCAGUGGAUGUGCCAGACGCACAACAAAGUCAACAUCAUGCUUGGCAAGGACGAGUUCGACUGCACCAAGGUGGACGAGAGGUGGCGCGACGGGCCCAAGGAUGGGCGGUGCUCGUGGGCGCAGGACGUCGAGUACUGA